GGGGGCUCGUUGAACGUCAUUAAGGCGGUAAAUGCGAGGGAUUUGGUGAUAAGAACAUCUUAACUGGUGGAAUGAUCCCAGUGGGCUCCGGUUGGAAGAUGGCCCCUGGAAAGAGCAUCAAAUACUUGGAACUGGUGCUGCCCUGUGAGUGGGAUGGUUGUGUCUUUGUUGGAAAGACGAUGGAGGAAUUCUGUGAUCACAUAGCUGCGCACUUGAAAGACCACGUCAAUGAGUAUGACAGCUUUGGAGAUUUGGACGAGUACCAGUGCUUGUGGCGGGGCUGUGGCUUUCUGGCCGUGGAAGGCCCCAAUGAACUGGUGGUGCAUGUGAACUUCCACAGCUAUCAUGCCAAGCUGAAAUAUUUUGGUUCAGAGCUGCAGCGCCUACGUCCUGAUCUUCCGGUGUGUUCUCUGGACAACCAGAACCAGAACCUGAUUCCGGAGAUCGCAGAGACUUUUACCUGUCAAUGGGAGCAUUGCGACAGUACAUUUGACAAUCCGGAAUGGUUUUAUCGGCAUGUGGACAUGCAUGGACAGUGCACAGACAAAGAAACUCUUCCUAACAAAAAUGAAGCCAUUUCGUGUUGCUGGAAAGGUUGUGGUGCUACAUUUAAGAUCAAGUUUAAACUUCGGGAGCACCUGCGGAGUCAUACACAGGAGAAGGUUGUGUCCUGCCCCAACUGUGGAGGGAUGUUUUCUAACAACACCAAAUUCUAUGACCAUGUCCGCCGGCAGACCUCCAUUGAACAGAAGACCUUUCCCUGUCAGCACUGUGACAAGCAGUUCGCCAACGAGAGGCUGCUACGGGACCAUGUACGAAAUCACGUGAACCAAUUUAAGUGCCCACUCUGCGACAUGACCUGCACUACUUUCUCCUCGUUAAGGACACAUAUCAAAUUCCGCCACUGUGAUGAGAGACCGUAUGGGUGUGACUUCUGUGAGAACAGUUUUAAGAAUUUGUACGACCUGCGGAAGCACAUUGAAACGCACAAUGAUGAACCUACGUACCAUUGCAGCUCUGACGGAUGUAACUUUAGUGCCCGUAGUGUGCAAACCCUUAAACAGCACUACAGAAGAGUACACGAGGGAGAAACAAAGCCUCGAUACAAGUGCCACAUCUGCGCCAAGUGUUUUUCUUGGGCUUACACUCUAACAAUGCACCUACGUAAGAUGCACCAGCUGAAGUGGCCUUCUGGGCACGCACGAUUCAGAUACAAAGAGCACGCAGAUGGGUAUUUGCAACUGCACAUGGUUCGCUAUGAAACUGUUGAACUGACGCAACAGAUCAUCAAGGACCUGGAGAAGAGGCGUGGACCCCGGAGGAAGGUGACGGAAGUGUGUCUCCAUGCACCAGAAUCCCGCCGCAAGAGUCUCUCUGCAAGAUCCACCGCUGGCAAAGCAGGCAAGGAGGAGGAGGAUUAUCUUGCUGCUGCCACACGACUGAGGCGUGCUGGUCAGCGGGAAACCAGCAACCUGGCAGCCAAGCCCUCACCAAAGGCCCUUCAGCCAAUGCAGUGUGGCUCUCCAAAGCCCCCUGAAAGGGGUGCGCAGGAUGCAGAGAUUUCUGGAAAUGACUCCCCGGUUUACUCUGUCCUCAGUAAUGUAGCCCAGUCAGCACCUGGACCUCCUGCUGCUCCUGAAAGGAAUGAAGGCAUCUCCUCCCUUGACCCUGUUGAAACGUUGGAGAAAGUAGCACGUGGCCUUGGGAUCCAGAUAAUCGGAUAGUCGGUUUCCGGUGGUGAAUCAGUAAAACCCUGAUCCCUAGUUUCUUUAAAGAAAGUUGCCUAAAUAAAGCUAUGGGGGGGUUGGAGUUAAAAUAUAACAGGGUCCUGCUGACUCUACAUUACCAGAAUUGAGAGGCCACCGUUUCUUGCUGCAUGUUCAAGUGCUUUAGAGAACUAACAAAUGAAUACUGGAUCAAAUUCUUAUUUUUGCCUUCUGCCUGUAGUUGCAGUUUGUUCUGUGAAGUGUGUUUCCAAAGCACAAGCAGGUGAACAAGGCCACCAUUCCUAUACUAGCCAGCUUGGAGGCUGGGCAGCAGGCCUGUGGUCCUCUUCACUGCAAACACGUGAGGCCCCAGCAAAUCAGUGGAACCGAAGAUAAAAUAAAUGCAAAGAUUUCUGUGAUUAGGGGAAAUAUGCUUAAGAUCAGGGGCAGGAGUGGGUGGGGACAGUUUCACCUCUGACCUUUUCCUGUCGUUCCCUUCCUUGUGCUACACACAAAAUGGGCUGAGCAUGUAGCUAGUGUUGGGGGAAACCGAACUGCUGUUGAAUACCAGCUCUAUAUGUAUGGAUCUAUUUUCCAAACAACAAUAUUUUAUUUUAUAAACAAAAAAAUAUAAUUCAGAGCCUU